AUGUGGGUAUACCCAUUUGGCCAACAUAUAAACGCGCGGGGGGAAGAAGACUACACAAAGUGCAUCACCCCCGUCGAUUUAAGGGACCACUACAAAAAUUACAAACACACCAGUAGCAACAAACAAGUGAAGCAAAUUGUUCGGAGAAAUGCCAAACAGGUGCGGGAUGUAGUCCUGACCAGUUGGCUACCCCAGCGGAUGGAUCCGCAUAUAAAAAAUGAGGAUGCCAAAAUUCGUCUGAGCAACCCCAAAGGAGGAACAAAAACCAUUUUAUACGUUGACUUCGUGUACACCCAACUGAUCAGACAUACGUAUGUGUUGUUACAUUCGCUAAAUGUAAACAAAAGGAAGGAAAAAAAAUUCAAUUUUAGCAAAAUUUUUACAUACAAAUAUAAUUAUAAACCGUGUGAAGAGGAUCAAGUUGGAAAAUAUUUGGACCACUACAAGAUAAGCAAUGACCUUGCAGGGUGUGCGCACUUUUUUAUGUAUUCCUGGGCGGGAGAAAAAAAAAAAACAGAAAUAACAGCAGAAACGGAAACAGCAGAACAGUGUGAAAAUAAGGCCAACUUUAACAUGUGCAUAUAUUUACCAACAAAAAAAGAAGUGGACAUUUUAUUCAUCUUCCAAAAGUUGCACAAAUAUUUUUAUUUCAAUUUAUAUGUUCCAAUAGUCACAGAGCAAAACAGCUUGAUUUUUUUUCCAUUCGAUUUACGCAAUAAUUUACUGGUCAAACAUAGGUUUGGAAUUUUCGUGCCGUACUUAUAUUUGCACUACUGCGCUGAAAGGGGGACAAACGGAGGCAGCAGUUUGCCCCUGAAUUUAAGUCCAGCCAAUUUGGUCAUGGACACAUUAUACAAUUUUUCCUUUUCUGAAAGGGAAAAUAUUUUUUUCAUUCCUCUCCUUGCAUAUAAUAAUUAUGGUGCGCGUGUUGGCAGUGGAAAGGGCUACUACGAUAGAGCACUUAAGCAAGCGGGGGAGGAGGUAAAAAAAAACGUAAAGGUUUCUCUCUCCUUGGAGGUUCUUCGGUACGAAAUUGACUUUUUGGAGCCCACAGACAUCCUUCUGGAUUACGUAGUAAAUGAGAGGGGCGUCUACCACUUCGUCUCCUGA